AAGGGAACGUGAGAGACGGGAACGGGAACGCGAGAGACGUGAACACGAGAAACGUGAACGCGAGAAACGUGAACGCGAGAAACGUGAACAAGAGAAACGUCAACACGAGAAACGUGAACGCGAGAAACGUGAACAUGAGAAACAGGAACAUGAGAAACGUGAACAUGAGAAACGUGAACAUGAGAAACAGGAACAUGAGAAACAGGAACACGAGAAACGUGAAACAAUGCCUGGAUUUACUACUGGGGAGAAUUAUCACAGGCAACAAAAGACAACAAAAUCACAAGACGACGUAGACAAAUUAAAUACCAUUGAGACCACACAGAAAAACCACGAAUUUUCCCGUCUCAUUGACGAUAGAAUCGUACCUUUAGUCGAGAAAUACAAUAGACACAUUAAGUCUUUAAAUGAUGACAACAAUGAGUUAAGAAUCCAGGUUGAAAAUCUGAAACAAGAAAUCUCACUCCUUCACCAAAACGGCCGUAUUAUUGAAUUAGAACAAAAAGUCAAUGCUUUGGAAAAUAGAGUUCCCCAAUUUAAUCAGGCUUCGCAAAAUAGUGUAUGCGAUAUUUUUGUUCCGCGUUUUGCCCGAUAUGUAAAUGAAAAUGGUAUUUAUUGA